AUGGACACCGCAGCCGGCCCUGACGAGCCGCCGGCUGCACUUGCAGCGGCCGCGGUCGAAUCGACAGAGAGCAUCGAAGCCUCAGAGGGGCUGGCCCUCGUCGAAGCUGGCGACAAAUCCAAGGAUGGCGCCACUCCCGAUGGCAACGGGAGGGGCGGCAUGUACGAUCCCAAGAGUCACGGCAUCCUUAAGCUUGAGACGCUGCCCGAUGACCGCGUGCGG